AUGAGCCGCAUACACCCCAACGCGGAGGCCUCCAGGCGUCUCCUGCGACACGGCGCCGGCGCCGGCGCGGCUGCCUCGGCGGCGUGCUACACGGUCUGGAUGAGGUCCAGCAUGGGCUUCCAGGGCACCGACGGCUUCUCCGUCUACGACGCCGGGGGCGAGCUGGCCUUCCGCGUCGACAACUACUCCCGCCGCCGGAAGAUCUUCGCCGGCGAGCUCACGCUCAUGGACGGCCACGGCGCGCCGCUCCUCUCCCUCAGGCCGCAGAUCAUCAGCAUGCACGACCAAUGGAACUGCUACAAAGCACCAGAAGAAGGCCAAGCAAAGAGGGCAAGAUCACAGCAGCUCUUCUCGGUGAGGAAAUGCUCGGUCCUGCAGAACAACCGUGAAGCAGAAGUUUACAUGUCUUCAGCCUGCACCACCACCACCACCACCACCACCACCGACGCAUCAGCAUCAGACCAUGGCACCACUGGCCACCAGUCCCCAGGCUUCUGGAUCGAGGGCUGCUUCCGGAGGAGAAACUGCAAGAUCCGCAGGGCCCAUGACGGCAAAGAGGUGGCGAGGAUCGCGAGGAAGAAGGCGAGGACAGCUGCGACGCCUGACACGGCGCCCCUGACGCUCGGCGAGGACGUCUUCAGCCUCGUGGUGCAACCGGACGCCGAUUGCACGAUGAUCAUGGCCCUCGUCGUCGUUCUGGACCGGAUCUGCUGGAGGCCAUACACGCCGUUGAUAUGUUCUUCGUAG